AUGGAGCAACAACGAUUCUCCGAUAUUGCUGUCGAAGUGUUGUCAAUGAUAAGAGACGCGUACAGCAAGGAACACGUCCAUGGCGUAUCUCACAUUGACCACAAACUUUUGGUGCAGAUAAUUCUUGAAAUUAAGGCAACAUUCAAAAAGAUCAAGAAGAGUUUAGACAAGUACAGCAAUACCAUGGAUCAACCCAGAUCUGAUGUGCCAGACGAGGUCAUGCGACGGGGUGAUGAUAUGUUAAAGGCACUACUACUUGAACCGACCUCGGCAACUGAGACAAGAGCAACUCCAAGCUUGGUUGAAUCCAACAGCCUUGAAAAGAUGCGCUGCCGCUUCCUUGUUGUAGUCCGAAGACUUUGGACCGUGGCUCGAAAUCCACGACGACUGGUUUGGGUAAGCAUUGAUAAGGAGUCCAUUGAGGCCUUGGUCCAGAAACUAUCAGAUAUGAACUCAUAUCUAGUGUCGCUGUUGGAUAUGACAAGAGCCAAAAGACUGGAACACAAUGACCAGGCAAAGGACACCAAUAUUCUUCAGGUUCUUCGGGAACUCAGAGAUGUUAAAGCCUUCAUAAGGGCAAUGAGCAUUGACUCUGGAGACAAUGGCACUUAUGAACACCUGUUUGCCACCAAGAGCAAAAGUCUGCAGAUUGCUGCUGAGCUACAAAAAAGUAGUCACGAGGCAAAGAAGUCACAGCUAAAAAAGCUUGCAGAGCUCAAGAUUGGUUGGAUGGAAGCGGAACAGUGGGAGGACGAAGACUUGUCAUCGAUCAAGGAGGAGUUUCAGACCAUGCUCCUGGAUAUUUCCGAAUUCCAGUUCUCCACGACAAGAUCCUCUGCCAGCCUCCACGGCCAAAGGACCAUUGCUUUCUGGCAUGACCGUUGUGUCUGGGUUGACUGGACUCAAAGUUCUCCGAAUGGUGAGAUGUUCGAGGAAAGAGUGGCUGAGCGAGAAGAGAGAAUUGCUCUUCUCGUCAGGCUGCUUUGCAACGAAAUCCCUGCCAGCUUUCGUGUGCUGCAAUGUCUGGGUUACAUCAAGAACGUCGAUGCUCACAACAGCGUGUCUUUUGGCAUAGUAUUCUCACUGCCAUCACAUGCCAAAAGUCAACCAAAGGUCAUGUCUCUGAGACAAUUAAUGGAGAGACAACGCAUGCCGCCCAUACCGAAAAGACUCUCCCUGAGUAUUGCACUGGCACAGAGUCUCUCUGGCUUUCAUUUAGUGGAUUGGUUGCACAAAAGUCUGAACAGUGACAAUAUUGUCUUCUUUGAAGACGAUACCGGAGCGUUCGACUUGACUCGGCCCUAUAUUGCAGGGUUCGGCAUCUCGAGGCCUAGCGAUCGCGUCGACAUGACGGAAGCCCCAACCUGUGAUCCGACGUCGGAUAUAUACCGACAUCCACACGCGCAGUUUGGCGAGGCAAAGACUGUGUAUCGAAAGUCUUACGAUAUUUACGCUCUUGGAGUCAUUUUCACAGAAAUCGCAGUCUGGAAACCGAUCGAGGCCACAUUGGGUAUUGGAGAUAUUAUGGCCAUGACACGAGACGAGCUACGGGAUAUCUACAGACGAUUGCUCAAGUUCGCAGGAGGCGACGGAAACAGUUCGGAGAUGCGAUUGAGCGAGAAUGAAACGGGUCAAGAAGAGAUAACAGAUCUAACGAGUAUUUGUGGCAGUGGGCACCGGGAUAUGAUAAGAGUCUGCCUGCAGGCGAGAAACGUUGAGAAGCCCAAAUAUCGAAACGAACCACCGAAAAGUAUUCAUUCUAGGAUGCAGACAAUGUUUGCCGAGCAGGUGGAAAGAAAGCUUAGUAUGAUGCAGAUGGAAUUGAGCUAG